CAGAGGCAGUUCGCAGCAACUCAUUUCUUUCUUCGCGAGAGGGCAAAGGCAAGGGGAGCGAAGCGGAGAGCGAGGGAGCGGGUGACGUCAUCGUCCUCCAGGGUUUCUCGAUCGGCGGCGAUGGCGGCCAGGACGGCGGCGAGGUUCGUGCAGCGCAGGCUCCUGUCCUCCGGCGGCAAGGUCCUCGGCGAGGAGGAGAAGGCCGCCGAGAACGUCUACAUCAAGAAAAUGGAACAAGACAAGCUGGAGAAGGCCGCACGCAAGGGUCCCAGCUCAGGAGAGCAAGCUUCGUCAACCACAAGCUCUGCAGCAAGUGACGUGAAGGCCGCGGGCGGGCCAACAGAGUCAGCAUCUACUGGUGCGUCCACCGACAAGAACAGGAACUACGCUGUCUUUGCAGGCACAGUUGCUGCCCUGAGUGGCCUGGGUUGGUAUCUCUUGUCAAAGCCUAAGAAGUCGGAGGAGGUUGUGGACUGAAGGGGUGGUUGUGAAUGGGAUCCGCGGAUGGUCUGCCUUAUCAGUUUCACGUUUCACCCUGGUUUACUUUCUGCGCAUAGACCUGCACCUUCUUCGUGGAAAUAAUUGUUGAAAUGUACUCUGCACUACUCGUUCUGAGGCCGCAUCAUUGAACUUUGAAGUAUGCGCUCGAGACGUUCUGUAGUUCUCCCGCAUGUGAUGAAUCGCAAUGUUGUCUGAUGCUAAUGCUACAUCGCUGCUGAAAGAGGUUUUUUGGGUACUGUUGUUCUGAAUGUAUGGAGUCUGUUGUCUCUAGUCUUUAAUCAGAACCUAUAUGCCUUGGUGCAUUCUGUGAUGCUGAAUGGGAAUGACAUAAUACAUGCGUUGCCAUUUGCCUCGGUUUUGCCACAAUAGUCA